AUGAGCAACAAAGAAGAGCCCAGCAGCAAGGGCUGUCCGGCCGCCUCCCUCUCCAGCUUCACCAUCCAGUCCAUCCUGGGCAGCGGGAGCAGCUCCUUGGAAGCAGCCAAGCCGGCCCCGGCCCCCCCGGCCUCCGUCUCCCUCUCGGUCUCCGCCUGGCCGGCCAGGAAGAGGAGCCUCUCCGUCUCCUCCGAAGAAGACGAGCCCGAAGAUAGCUGGAAGCCCCCCGGGGCCUGCUUCUGCCCGGAUUCGCACCCGGGACCCAAAGAGGCAAGCCACAAACACCAGCCCCUCAGUUUCGCCUGUCUCGGCCAUCCGAAGGGUCCCGGGGCUUCGUCGGAGCGUCCCCCGGCGGCCUUCCUGCCCCCCUCGCAGCCCUCCUUCAAGGAGGAGAAGGAGAAGGCCCUGGGCCCUGGAUCCCCUUCGCCUUCGGGGCCUUCGUCGGAGAGAUCUCGGGAGGCCGGGGAUCGCUCGGGGUCCUCCUCCUCCUCGGCCAAGAAGAAGACGCGGACGGUCUUCUCGCGGAGCCAGGUCUACCAGCUGGAGUCCACCUUCGACCUCAAGCGCUACCUGAGCAGCUCCGAGAGGGCCUGCCUGGCCUCCAGCCUCCAGCUCACCGAGACCCAGGUCAAGACCUGGUUCCAGAACCGGCGCAACAAGUGGAAGCGGCAGCUCUCGGCCGAACUGGAGGCCGCCAACAUGGCCCACGCGUCGGCCCAGACCUUGGUGGGGAUGCCGCUGGUCUUCCGGGACAAUGCCCUCCUCCGGGUCCCCGUCCCCAGGUCCAUCGCCUUCCCGGCCCCGCUCUACUACCCGGCCGCCGGGAGCAACCUCUCCGCCGCCGCCCUCCCGCUCUACAACCUCUACAACAAGAUCGACUACUGAAACUACAA